AUGAUCACAGACGUGCAGCUGGCAAUUUUCGCCAACAUGCUAGGCGUGUCUUUAUUCCUCCUAGUUGUCCUGUACCAUUAUGUUGCUGUUAACAAUCCCAAGAAACUGGAGUGAUGUAAAAUCACAAUCUUAACAUUUAACAGUGUGAAGAUUAGGACCAAAAACAAAUUACUUGAAAGAUGCAAGCUAGCAAAGGAACAAGAUGAAGCAAGGUCCACACUGGAUUUCACCAAUACUGCUUUCAAAAUAAAAUGUAUACUUUGUACUGGGAGGGAAAAUGUGCCUUGUCAAUAAUAUUUAUGUAGCUGAAAUUGUGAACCACACAUCUUUGUGAUUCCCUUAAAAUGAUAUACAAAUUAAAAUUAGAGUGAAAACUGUAUUGAUUGGGGAAGGAUGAAUAGUUGCUACUCCACCUUUGGUGAAAUGUUAACAAAUUAAGCUUCAGAAAUACCAGUUGUAGAUCAAUUGGUAGUGUAACCUGUUGCUGCAGUAACUAAGUUAAUUAGUAAAUUGCUUAUUGCGAGAUUAGAAUAAAUCGUCUCAAAUGUAGAUACAUUUUUAUUUCAACCCUAAGUUGGAGUAAGGUAGAAAUCAUUGAAAGCAAUUUGAGCUGGAGAAAAACAUGAUGUUUAUCUAGUUCUCUUCCAGAAAUGCAGCAUUAAAAUCUGAAACCAGUGUUUGGCACAGUGGAUUUAAUAAAAUCAAAAGAACAGAAGAAAUGGGAAUGAUCUGUUGGUCUAGCUCUAUUUUCAUGCAAGGUCUUCAACAUGUUUCCAUGAUUCUACCUUCACAGCUUGCCAGAAUAGAAGAUUCCAAGUAUCUAAGAUCCUCAGAAUCAGGUUUAAUAUCACUGGCAUAUGUCAUGAAAUGUGAUGUUUUGUGGCAGCACUGCAGUGCAAUACAGUUUAAAAAAUCUAAAUUGCAAUAAAAAAUAUAGAAUUAAGCAAGUAGUAUAAACAGAGCAAAAAAAGGGAAAAAUAGUGAAGUAAUGUGUAUGGGUUCAUUGUCCGUUCAGAAACCUGAUUGCAGAGGGGAAGAAACUGUUUCUGAAACAAUGAGUGAAUGGACAAUGUUCAAGGUGACAAGUUUCUUCAAACUAAUAAUGAAGUAUAGCUGCUGCCGUGCCGCCUGUGUUAAUUGUAUCAAUAUGUUGAGCUCAGAGAUGUUGACACCCAGGAUCUUCAAACUGCUCACCCUUUCCACUACUAAUCCCUCAAGGCCUCAAGGACUGGUGUGUGUUCCCUUGCACUUCCUGAAGUCCACAAUUAUCUCCUUGGUAGGAAUGACUUUGAAUACAAGGUUGUUAUUUUGACA